AUGUACAAGGAUUUAAAAUCGAAGGAUCCAGAUAUGCCGUACAAGCAAAUUAUGUCGAAGAUUUCGCAAACCUUGGGUAUUGGCUUGAAUUCAGUAUGUAAAAUAAUUUCUGAGUACAAAUCAACCGGAACUGUUGCAUCUCCUACCAAGACACGGAGUAAGAAGUGUCUAUUCGACAAAAUUGACGAUUUGGAUAGGAAUGGGAUACGUCAAAAGGUACACAGUUUUUGGUUGAAAAAGGAACUGCCGACAAUCGACAAGGUUUUGGAGGCAGUGAAUGAUGAUCCGGCUCUUCCUAACUUCAAACGCACUACAUUGUACACUACUAUUAAAAAAUUGGAUUUUGCCUUUAUUAAAAGAAAGAGAUGUAGUGUGUUGACGGAGAGGGAAGACUUGCUUGUUUGGCGGCAAAACUACUUGUACGAUAUUCGCAAAUUCCGUGAAGAAGGUCGUACCGUCUAUUAUCUGGAUGAAACCUGGGUCAAUGCAGGCGAUUGUGUUGAUAAGUUGUGGGUUGACAAAUCAAUAAAAUCAAAACACGAUGCGUUUACCAGAGGUUUGACGACUGGUGCGACGAACCCUACUGGUAAGGAUCAGCGUUUAAUUGUGUUGCAUAUUGGAUCACACAAAGGAUUUUUAGAAGGUGGACUGCUAUGUUUUUUGUCCAAGAAAAAUAGUAGCGAUUAUCAUGACGAGAUGAAUAGCAACAAUUUUCAUGAAUGGUUUGAAUCAAUAAUUCCACAUCUCGAUCCAAACUCUGUAAUCGUAAUGGAUAAUGCCCCGUACCAUACGGCGAGGAUAGAAAAGAUACCGACGGCUUCCUCAAAAAAGGACGAAAUUUUGUCAUGGUUAACAUCAAAAGGCAUUGUAAUUGACAAAUCUAUGUUUAAACCACAACUAAUGGCGAAGGUUAGAAAAAUAAAAAGUCGAUAUAUUUCUUAUGUCGUCGACAAUAUGGCCAAGAAUGCUGGCCAUACUGUACUCAGAUUGCCACUCUAUCAUAGUGAGUUAAAUCCCAUUGAAUUGGCAUGGGCAAUGGUAAAGACCUAUGUCAAGCAGAACAAUACCACAUAUAACAUUGACGACGUUAAGAGUUUACUGAAUACUGCAAUUGAUCGUGUAACCAGUGAAAAUUGGAAAAAUUUUAUUGAACACGUCAAAAGGGAGGAGAAUAAAAUGACAGAAGUCGAUCGCAAUAUGGAUGAAAUUAUUGAUAAUUUGGAACCAUGUGUCCUCACCAUAACAGGCGAGACUUCAGAUUCUUCUGAUUUUUAA